AGAAAAUAAACUGUACACCAAUUUUAAAACCUUGGUGAAAAGUGUGUGUUGAAGUUCGCCUUGAUCUUUAAAAAGAAGUGCCUUAAGACAGUGUUGAACGGAUUGUCAAUUUGGAAACGAUUGUAAAAAAAACUGAAAAGAAUUGUUUAUUUAAAUAUAUUGGUUAUUGAAUAAUUUAUGAAUAUAUUUAUGUUAUGAAGGACAUAAAUGGAUAAUUUGUAACAAUAAUAUGAAUGCAGUGUUUUGAUAAAUUGGAUAUUUCGUUUUGUCACAAUGUCGUUGACUACACGUACUGUACAAUUUAAACAAGAUUGUAUUAUCGUGAAAUAAAAUAAAGUGUUCAUGCUUUGAGAGAUGAGAUAAUAUUUGUAUACAAUUAUUGUUAUUUAUAUUGACUAUUUACAAACGCAUGUAGGAAGUUGAUAAGUUAUAAACUUUAACACUUGUUAUAUACGACUAUUAUGGUAAGGAUUAUUGUACCGGUUAACGAAUUCAAAAAAAAUAAUUAAAUAAUGUGAUACCACGUAAAUUGUAUUUAAGGACUAUACAAAUUGAAUAAACUGAGGAUAUAAGAAUGAUCAAAACGAUUUUGAUAAUUGAAAAGGAUUCAAUGUGACAGUGUAUCUAGUAUAUUAAACAUGGCGUUCGUUGUGACAUAUCAUAAUCUUUCUAAACACAACAUUCGGAACUUGUACGGAGGACUUCCGGCGGAAAUAAAAUGGCGGACAACAAGUAAUAGUAAAUCGAUUGUCCCAGCGCAAAGGGUACACGAACAGAUGAGAAAAUCGGCACCACACGAGAAAUUUCUGAACGAAAGAUAUUACGAAUAUGACCCGGAAAACGAAAUAAGAAUUCCAAGAGCGCCAGCGUUUCAGCAACUGUCGCGUUCAAGAGUGGACGAAAUCGUUGACAGGCUGUCAAGACCAACAGUAAGCAAGAGAAGGAGGGCGUCGGAAGUGUGUGAAAGAGAAGCGCGCCGCGCGUUCAUAGAAACCUGCCGGAAAUGCCGGGCGUUGUCUGCUCAACCAAAGGCAAGCCGACAGAGAGCAGACGAAAUUACAGAACGGCUUAUAUUGCCAACAGUGACAAGCAAUGUGCGGAAAAGUAUGAGAAGUCUUGGAGAGUUUGAUGUGCCGGAAGUACGUGAUGCGUGCGAUAAGUGCUCACUUACUCCGUCAAAUAGAUUUGCAAAAGAGUUUAGCAUUUACAAUAUAUAGUCAUUUUUAAUUAGUUUAUUUUCAUUUAGCUUACCUCAAUAGUGUUUCUGUCUUGCAUUUUUAUAGGCAUUUUAAGUUUCUUUUUUGUUACGUUUGUUUUUUGUUGUUUUUUUUUAGUAGCGAAAAUAUUAUCGAUAAUUGAGUUAGUCAUUUUAUAUUUAGCCGCUUAAAACUUUCAUCUUUUUUCUCUUUUUUCUUAUGGUAAAAAUUUGAUUUUUUGCAGAUUUAGUUCUCGUCAUAUUUUUCAUCUUUUAGUUUAUUUCAUUCAUCAAUAUAAUACUUCACUAUUAAGUCGCAAUUGAAAAAAGAAUUUAUAAUGAUAUAUCGUUAAUACAACAUUGACACGAUAUUGCCAUUUUUUAAUUAUAUCUUUUAUUUAGAGCUAUUUAUCUUAUUCUAUUUUUUAUUUCAUUUUUGGUGAUUUUGAGUUUUCACUUUAUUCGUUUUCAAAGUCUACUUGGCACAAUGGAAAUAAUUGAAAGCGGUACUUAUAUUUGAAAUGUAUGCCCAAACUACCUUAUUUAAGGACUUGGCAUGUUAAUAUAGUUUAAUGUAACAACCUCAAAGCUGCCACAUUCUGACGUAUAAUUGGUUGAAACUACUUCAGUAUAUUAUCGUUCAAAAUACGAAAUGAGUAUCCUUAAAAACGGAAAGGUUAUCUUUAAGUGCUCAUCAUUAAAUAUGUUCGACUGUUCAGAUCUUGAUAUGUAUUUAUACGAAAUUGGCCAAUAGUUUUAUUGAUACACCGUGAGUUUACUUAUCAGGUUAAAUAAUAUAAUUUCAUUUAGACUUUUUUGUAAAAAGAGGAAGAUCUGAGUAGAUAUAUUGACAUUUUGUGUAUUGUACCUUCACAUCAAAGACAGAAUGCAUUUUUUGUGCAAAAUGAUCGUUUAUGAAUUUCUUAUACCGAGUAUAACUUUGAUUCUUAAAUCCCUUAAAGGGACGCCACUGAAUUAUUUUAUUUCAAAAUUAAUGUUCCAUUUAUUGUGGGUCAAAUAACUUGUGUGCAAGAUUUCAAAUAAAUCGCUCACUCCGUUUUACCGUAAUAAUUAUUCUAAUUGUUAACACAUGACGCAAAAUUAAAAAGCGUUGCAACGCUUAUAAUCAUGAUUUCAAAUUUAUUUCUGAGUAUAUUCAUAAAUAAUCGUUUGCAUAUAUUUCUGCUUUAAGUACCACAGCUGGUCUAUGCAAGAAAUUCAAAUUUUAACCUGUUUUGUGUUUGGACAUCAGUUGAGAGUAGUGAAAAUGAAAGUCAAAACAUUAUUUGCAUUGUUAUUUUUCCAUCAAAACUGAUUUUGUUUUGCAACUUCUCAAUGGAUUGAGAUAGAGUAAAAGACUUUUCAGCAUUGGUUACACGUUAGGCACAUCAACUGGAAAAAGUAUACCAGCGAUCUUAUUUAUAUGAUUUUAUGUUCCGAUUAUAAAAACCCUGAAAAAAAAUCAAACAAACAACAACACAGCUUCAAGUGAAAUGCAAAUAAAAACGUGUAUUUCAAAAUCAAUCGAUCCGAUAUCUAUAUAUACAUGUAACUCGUAUAAAUUUGUAAAUUAUAGCCAGAUUGUUUCCCUUUAUCUUAAUCAGAAAUGGUAUAUAUUUUUUCUGUUUAAUAUCAUUGUCCUUUUUUCUAGUCCUAAAAUCUUGUUUACAUUGUAAUUCAUAAAAUGGUACAGAAAUUGUGUUGCUAUGCAUUUUGUCUCACAGUUUACAUUGUGUCAUGCAUUUUUACAUUGUGUAUCGUACUUUUACAGUGUGUCACACACUUUUGCAGAGUGUCACACACUUUUGCAUUUUGUCUCACAUUUUUACAUUGUGUCAUACAUCUUUAUAUUGUGUCACACACUUUUGCAUAGUGUCACAAACUUUUACACUGUGUCACACACUUUAACAGUGUGUCACCCACUUUUACAUAGUGUCACACACUUUAACAGUUUGUCACACACUUUUGCAUUGUGUCACACACUUUUGCAAUGUGUCACACACUUUUGCAUUUAGUUUACUGCUACUGGCAUUAAUGUGCAUUUAACCUGCUAUUUUUUGGGGGAAUUGUCCUGCUUUGUAUUUGGAACAGUUCAUUUGAAAAUUAUUGAAAUACAAAUAAAAAUGAAAUGUCAUCUGUAUAGACCCUGGGCAAUCCCAGCACGGACGUGUGUGCAGUCCCGGCUCUCUACUGGUGGCAAGGAUUAAUCAAUAGGUUUACGCAGGUUCGGGGUUAAUUACAAAAAGCGCUGCACAUAUAUUAAUCGAAAUACCAUUGAUGCAACUUAAAUAGAAAUGUUUAUUCAAAUCCUGUAGCCAAUGAUUUAAUGUCAUUUUACUUCACCCUUUAAACAUUCGGGAAAGAAAAUGUAGCCAUUAAUAGUACUUAAAAGUAUACAUGUAUCCUUAAUAUAUACUUAUAUGCGUGUAAUUAUAUAUUGUAAACAAUACCUAUUUUUUUUGUAUCCUGCUUUGGAUUCUGUAUUUUUGAAAGCCAUUUUCUUUUAGAUUUUUCCCUACAUAUAACGACGCCACAUACAUGUGUAUAUAGUUAAUGAGUGAAUAGUUUUUUUUCUCGAGCAGAUGAAUAAUGUAAAGUAUACUAUUGUAAUGAUCAUAACUUUUCGGGAAAAAGACAUUAUUAAAGGCCCAUUAUGCUUCAGAAAUUCAGAAAUGUUAUCAUUUUAUUUCUCAAAAUCUUUUCUUUUUGUACAUGUAUCUUUUUACAGUGUCCAAAAUAAAUAACACAUUUGCCACAUAAAUGCACUUUUUUUGCUCUGUUGGUACUUCGUUGGUAUAACUAUAGUGAAUGUGUAUUUUGUAUGGAAGUCAUAAUACUACUUUGUUGACAUUUUUCUACCUAAGCGACACAUUACCGCACAUUAAGCGCAACUUUCUUUAGUUGUUAAACAUCUAAAAUGCUCUAAAUCUAUUUAUAAAACAUUAUUGAGCAGAUGUUUGACAAUUGUAAACAAUUCUAAAAAUGUGGAUUUCUGAGGCACAAUGUGCCUUUAACUUACUGAAUUUCAAUUAUCAAGAUCUGGAACAGUGCAUAAUCAAUAUGAAUUUGGUCAGCUAACAGUAUAGAGCCUGGUCAGACAACACGAUUGUGCAGGCUGGCCUGGCUUUUUGCUGCUGGCAAAGGUCAAUCACUCCCGGUUGCAGUAGGGUUGUAAGUGAUAUGAAACAUAUUUUCUUACACUUUAUCCAAGAUAUAAAUAUUAUUGUUAUUUUAUCAGCUAGAUGAAACCCAAAACAUUAAUACUAGUACUACAAAUGAAAUCAAGUAUAUUUUGUUAAGACUGUCGUAAUACUUUAUUUGUAACUAACUGUAUUAAACAUUAUAACUUA